AUGCUGAGCCUCCGAACAUUCGCCCGUGCUGCUCCGCGCAUCUCGCGCUCUGUCGCUCGCACCUCUUUACCUUCGACACCUCUUGCUCGUCCUGCCAUCAACCAGUCAUGGAAGCAGACCAUCAAGCCUGCUCACGCUGCUUUCUCAACCGCCAACAUUUUCCGUGAACCCGCUGGUGAGGGUGACAUUGAACUCAUCGCCAAGCUCGAGGAGGAAUUGAAGCACGAGAAGGCCUCGGGCCAGGAGGAUGCCCGAGAGCAGCAAGCUAGCAUUGAAUAUACCUUGCAGUCUGGCGAAUGGCAGGUCAAGGAUGUUGAGGGUGAACAGGAGGUGGUCCUCACCAAGACCUUUGGCAACGAGACCAUUCGCGUCACCUUCACGGUCGCUGACAUCAACAAUCUUGCCGAAGAUCCCAUGGACGACCUCACCGACGAUGCCCUUGCUGACGAAGGCGACUACCAGAACAAGCCUGCCGAGAAUGAGGACGAGGCCCUCCCUCCUACCUUCCCUGCUCGUGUCAACGUCACAAUUGAGAAGCCCAACAGUGGUGCUCUCUUGGUCCAGGCUGUCAUUCAAGACGGCGACCUCCAGAUUGAAGAGAUUUCUCACUUCAAGAAUGCCGAUAUUGCCAAUGCUCAGACAGCCGAAAAGGAUUGGUCGCGCCAGAGCUUCUAUGCUGGCCCCCCUGCCGAGAACCUUGACCCUGAGCUCCUUGCUUUCUGGGGUCGCUACCUCGAGGAGCGUGGUCUCAACCUUGAGUUCCAGAACAUGGUCACCGACUACAUUGCCUUCAAGGAGCAGAAGGAGUAUGUUAGCUGGUUGGACAACGUCCGCAAGUUUGUUGCUGCUUAA